GUGCUGGGAUCCCCUGCCCUUAUCCCCUCCAAUGCCCAGUGUGCAUCCCUGAGCAUCCCUGGUGGUGGGCGCUGGGCUGGGGGUUCCUAGGGGCAGAGGAUGAGCAGGGCAGCCCCACGGCCCUGAUGGUGCUGGUUUUGGGGUGCAAUGCCAACACUCCCUGCACCCAGCCUGGGGCCCUGGCACAGGGAGGAGAGACACAUCUUGGGCAUUGGGGGGGCUGUAGCCUUGGCCCCCCUCAUCCCUAUGGCCAGAUCCCAGUGUGGAGCAGCUGAGCCCUGGCUCAUUCCACCUGUGGAUGGGGCUCAUCUGCACCCCAAAGCAGCGUCCCCACGCCUGGGGCUGAUCCUGCCUUGGGGGUCAGUGUGGCACACAGUCCCGAGCUGGCCCCGGCUCUGUUUCUGGCUGUGCCGAGCCCUGCGGAGCCACCUGCCCCAGUGUCCCUUGUCCCUCGCAGAGCUGCCACCCUCCGAGUUCAUGCAGGUGGCAGAUUCCACGUGGCUGGUGCUCAGCGUCGUCUCCAACGGGCGGGAGCCGCCCGGCUGCCAGGCCACCGGUGUCACCAAGAUCGCGCGCUCGGUCAUCGCGCCGCUGGCCGAGCACCACGUCUCGGUGCUGAUGCUCUCCACGUACCAGACCGACUUCAUCCUGGUGCGGGAGCGGGACCUGCCCGUGGUGAUCCACACGCUGGCCGGGGAGUUCGACAUCUACAAGGAGGAGGGUGGCGAGUGUGUCCCCGUCACCUGCGAUGACGUGAGCAACGGCUUCCUCAAGCCCAAGCCACCUGCCAGCCCCACGCUGCACCCGGUGCAGAGCCCCCAGACGCGCUUCUGUGUCCUGACGGUGGCCCCCGACACGCUGCCCGCCAUCGCCACCAUGCUCAUCGACGUCCUCUUCUACUCCCACAGCCCCCCCUGGGAUGCAGCCACCAGCAGCCAGGACCUCGACUCCAUCACCUUCUUCUCCUUCUCCCUCAUCGAGGGCUACAUCUCCAUCGUGAUGGAUGCCGAGACCCAGAAGCGCUUCCCCAGCGACCUGCUGCUGACCAGCUCGACGGGGGAGCUGUGGCGGAUGGUGCGCAUCGGGGGGCAGCCCCUCGGCUUCGACGAGUGUGGCAUCGUGGCGCAGAUCGCGGAGCCGCUGGCGGCCGCCGACAUCUCGGCCUAUUACAUCAGCACCUUCAACUUCGAUCACGCCCUGGUCCCCGAGGAGGGCAUUGCUGAGGUGAUCCACCUGCUGCAGCAGCGGCAGGAGGGCAGAUAGCGGCCGGCUGUCCCCGGGCUGACUGUCCCAGCGUGGUGUCCCCCUCCUCCCCAGCCCUGUUCAGUAAUUGUUCUUGUUAAUGAUCCCCCAGCCUGGGACAGAGCGGGCACGGCAGCGCUCCCUCUGCCGGGGUGUGGUGGCUCUGGGGACGUGGUGGCCUUGUGGCAGUGAGCACUGGCCCCCAGGAGAGGGGUCAGUCCCUGGUGCCACCUCUCCCUCCGGCCUGGCCUGUGCGGGGUGGGUGGCCCAGGGAGAGUGGGUGUGUCCAGGUGGAGGGGACAGGGCGGGGACAUGCCAAAGAGCAGUGGUGUGCCACCGUGGUGCUACAGGGGGCAGCCUGGGGCUGGUGGGAUGUGUCCCCUUGGGAGGGGAGCAGUGGCCACGAUGCUCAGGGACACCCCUGGACCAGCCCCGUGGAGGGGAGAGCAUUCCUGGAGCUGGGGUUCCCCCUGGCACCCCAAAAAUCUCCAAGGGGGCAGUGGGGGGGCUUUGGUUCAAUGCCAGCCCUGGCUGUCACCUGUCAUGGAGGAGUGACAGUGACACCCAGCCCCUCACAAGUUGUAUUUUCUCACAGUUUUUGAUAAGUCAAUAAAAUUCUUAUUAUUUUUA